AUGACAGUGGUGACGAAUGACGAUAACAAGUUGGUUCCCACAUGUACAGUUACUGGAUGGAGAAUAUGUAUAGAUUAUUGGAUGUUCAAUGAAGGAACUCGUAAAGAUCAUUAUCCAAUUUCUUUCAUUGACCAAAUGCUGGAUAGAUUGGCAGGGAAAGAGUAUUAUUGUUUUAUGGAUGGAUGCAUGCCCUUCGGAUUAUGCAAUGCACCUGCUACAUUUCAAAGGUGUAUAAUGGCGAUAUUCUCAGACAUGGUGGAGGAAUUUGUGGAGGUAUUCAUGGAUGAUUUCUCUGUGUAUGGGAAUUCAUUUGAAAAAUGUUUGCAAAAUCUCGACAAAGUUCUAGCUCGGUGCGAAGAAACAAACUUGGUGUUGAAUUGGGAAAAAUAUCAUUUUAUGGUUAAGGAUGGAAUAGUCUUAGGCCAUAAAGUGUCAUGCAAAGGGAUGGAAGUUGACAAAGCAAAGGUUGAAAAAGAAGCCAAGUUCAAGUUUGGAGCUGAUUUCCAUGAAGAUUUUGACGAGCUCAAGAAGAAGUUGACGGAAUCACCUAUUUUGAUAACACCAAAUUGGGAGUUACCUUUUGAGCUAAUGUGUGAUGCUAGUGAUAUUGCAGUAGGAUCAGUGUUGGUUCAGAGAAAAGAUAAGGUCAUUGUUCAUACAGACUAUGCUGCCAUUAAGUAUCUUGUGAACAAAAAUGAUGUGAAGCCACAAAUAAUUAGGUGGAUUCUGUUACUUCAAGAAUUUGAUCUUGAGGUGCGUGAUAGAAAUGGAGCUGAAAAUCAGGUUGCUGAUCACUUGUCACGAUUGGAAAAUCGAUACCGUAUUAUAGAUGACUUUCAGAGUAUCAAGGAAGACUUUCCUGAUGAGAAGUUAUUGUUAUUAGAAGCAGUUGAGUUUCCAUGGUAUGCUGAUAUUGGUCCAGAUGGAGUGAUUCGUAGGUGUAUUCUAGAGGUUGAAUUUGUAAAGGUGUUACAAGAUUACCACUCAUCACCAUAUGGUGGACAUCAUGGUGGUGAGAGGACUGUGAGGAAAGUGUUGCAAUCAGGUUUCUUUUGGCCAACUUUGUUUAGAGAUGCAGUGGUGUUUGUGGAAGCUAUGGAAAGUCUGACUAAUGAUGCAAGAGUGAUGCUGAAGUUUGUGAAGAAGAACAUAUUUUUUAGAUUUGGUACACCAAGAGCAAUAAUUAGUGAUGGAGGUACGCACUUUAUCAACAACUGGUUCAAGAAUCUUCUUGAUAAAUAUGGUGUUCGGCACAAGGUGUCCACUGCAUACCAUCCUCAAACGAGCGGAAAAGUAGAGGUAUCCAAUUGGGAGAUUAAGCAAAUACUUCAGAAGACCAUGAAUGGGCAGAGGCAAAAUUGGGCGGAGAAACUGGAUAAUGCACUGUGGGCAUAUCGAACAGCGUACAAAACACCCAUUGGGACAUAUCCAUAUCACUUAGUGUAUGGGAAUUUCAAAGGAAAUGAGGAGAUUACCACAAUUAAGGAAAGCAAUCAGGCAUUUGUUGUGUGGCCAGUGAUCUUUAUCCCAUUGGACGAGGCGUCGAGUUACAGGUUUGCAUAUGAAUGUGGGGCUCGUAUAGUGUAUUCAUGCUUGAUACAAGGCAAGCAUAUGACUGAGGUGACUAGGGAUAGGACCAUGUUGAGGAUUGGCCCAAAUUUUGUGGAGCCUAUUGAUGAUGAUAUACCCAUAGAUGAAGAACACAGGUAUAGGGAUUUCGACAUAGAGUUCGAUGAGAAGGAGCAAUCUAAUGAUGAUGAAGCUGACGAUCAUGGGGAUGUAGCUGUUAAGGACAUGGUUGUUAUAGUCUCUUUUGAUUGA